AUGGAAGCGGAGGAGGCAAGGUUGGCGAAGAUGCCGAAGUUAAAGUUCGGUACUGUUGUGCAGAAGCUGGUCAAACGCGGCUGGUUUUAUCGUCCAGGACGUUUUGAGUACGACUACUUUACGCCAGGUGCCAAUCCGAAGACCGCGGUGGCCGGCGAAGAUCGGUUUGAGAGUGCCUCAGCGCUAGAGGUUUAUCUGAAGACGACCGGGAUUUGGGAAAAGAUUGCAGAGGAGGUGGCGCAUGAGGAGCGUGCUGAACAGGACAACGAGCGUUCCAGCAUUGAUUCGCAGGACCGGCCAACGUCGACUGGCAAACUCGAGUCCCCUCUUCCGGCAUCAGCGCAGUCACCAAAGAAAGCACUAAACGACGGUGCGCAGAAAGAGGACGUAAAGGCCAUUACGAACGACAUUUGGGCCAAUUCGCACGAGUUUGAUUUCAACGAGUGA